AUGGGCGGGCUUGGGGUUUCUGCUGGCUUGUUUGCUGUCUUGCUUGCUUGCGUUGCUUGGGGACCAUUUCGUGUCGGUGGGAAGGUCAAGUCCGGUCGAAGACGUCACCACCCGGGAGUUAGAUUUGGGGGCGGCCCUGCCGUGGCGGUUCACUAUACGGACGGAGAAAUCGAUUUGAAUUCAUCGAUGGAUCGGUAUCGUGGUUCUCAGAAGAAGAGUAUUGGAGUUAGCCGGAACGCCAGGACGAUAGCCGGGAGAAUUGGUCCCGUGGCCCCCCCCAGCCCAGCUGCUAGGCUUCCCUUCACCCCAGCCAAGCCGAACCGAGCCGAAGUAAAAUGUGAUUGCAAAUGGAGGGAAGGGGACAACACAUCCAUUGAGAUGGAUGGCAAGGAACUAGAUACUACUAUUACUACUCAGAAUGGAUUGAAGAUCUCAAGCGCAACAGCACAGCAGGGACUAUCCGAAAAGGAGAAUUAUCCAUUCGGUGUUCAAGUGAUCAGAAAGAAAUAG